GAGCUGGGAAAUUCCAGGGAGAGGUCUGCUGUUUCUUGAACGUUUGCCGGGAAAGAACAUGGGAUGCCGGCAGCUUAUAAAAAGGACAAUGGAUCCCACUAGUUCUUCACUUUUCACUUUCACUUCAAGUGGAUCUUACUGUCUCUUGACUCCUCACCUCCCAAUCUUCUCACCUCGCUACUUAUAUUCACGAUGGCCUUCGCACCAAAAGCCUGCAGUCUUUUCCUGGUGGUUUUGCUGGGAGUUUGUAUUCAGCUCUACGGAGGUAAGAUUUCAAAGUAAUUUCUAGCAAUGUCAGCUACAAUAUAUGGAAUGUACAGUGCAGUAUGCAUGCUUUACUAGUUACCUGACUGACUAGGGAUUUUGCAGUGACUAUGCUACUGUAUAUAUAGUGGCUGUCAUAUAGCGUCAAAUGAGUAUAGACUAGUAUAGAUAUUGCAGUUAUGUACAGUUUAUUCUCAGAACAAGCAUUGUGCAAAAAUGCAUUCAUGUGAAUGUUUAUCCAAAAUCCAAUUUUAAAAACAACUUUUCCAUCAAAAUGUUUGACCAUGUAAAUUGAUGUUUAUAACUCUCAUUACAGCUCAAUACGUUCCAGGUGCCAGGUGCAAAUGCCCAGGAACCAUCAUGAACACUCCGGAAACUAUUGUUGACUUUGAAAUAAUUGAAAAGACACAUUACUGCGACACUACUGAAAUCAUGUAAGUACUGUAUUUAUUUAAGCAGAAAGUGGUUUCUCUCUGUUUGUUUGUUUGUUUGUUUGUUUGUUUGUUUGUUUGUUUGUUUGUUUGUUUGUUUGUUUGUUUGUUUCUUUCUUUCUUUCUUUCUUUCUUUCUUUCUUUCUUUCUUUCUUUCUUUCUUUCUUUCUUUCUUUCUUUCUGACAUUAACUUAUGACAUGACAAUCACCUCUAUCAGCCUUAUAUCAGUUGUGUGACACAAGCAUUAAUUGUGUGUAUAUGUGGUUUGUCCAUUUCAGUGUUACACUGGCGGAAGAUGGAGCCAGACGGUGCCUGAACCCUGUUGGAAGAAAGGCCAUGUUUUUCGUCAACUGCUGGAACACGUAAGAUAGAUCAAAUCAUUAUACUCAUCACCACCAUAAUAAAGUAUUGGUAGAACUAUACUGCAGUUAUUAAUGUUAUAAUUAUAGAUCCACAUAUCACAUUAAUGACAUAUAGUCUAAUGUAAAACGAAAAGCCGUAAUCUGAUUUAGUGUACACACCAUAAUAGCAGACAUAGAAGCAAUGUAACGCAAACAACCUAGCAAGUACUUUAGAAACACUAAGCAUGAUUAAUAUAAUGCAGAACAUAUCUUGUGAACAAACUCUCUCGCUACUUUUCCAAAGUAGAAUAGAACAAGGACGACAAGCAAAAGCUGAGGUGUCUGAAGAAAAAGCAGAGUGAACAUAAUGGAGGAGGGAAGAAGGGCCAUGGAAACUACGGCUGGAUUUUCCAGAAGU